CUAUCAUUCUCCGCCGGAGUGAAAGGGCGGCGGCGGCGCUGGGCGGGGCCGAGCCCCAGGACUGGCGGCUGGCUGAGGUGGGGCCUGCGAGCCGCUGCGGAGUUGAGUGCCGCUCAGGCGGGGCGGGGCCGGGCGAGCGGAGUCCGCGCGCGUCCCCGCUGAGCUGCCCUCUCCGGCGGCUGCGCUGCUCGCCCGCGGCGACGUCGCGCCCGUAUCGCCAGCAUGACCGAGCUGCGGCAGAGGACUGCCCGCGAGCCGGACGGUCCGCCCGAGGACAAGGAGUCGGAGUCAGAAGCAAAGGUAGAUGGAGAGACUGCAUCAGACAGUGAGAGCCGAGCAGAAGCUUCUCCCCCACUAAUCCCUGCAGACGAUACCCCAGAGGUCCUCAACAGGGCCUUCUCCAGCUUGUCUUCAAGAUGGAAGAACUGGUGGGUGAGAGGCAUCCUGACUUUGGCCAUGAUUGCAUUUUUCUUCGUCAUCAUCUACCUGGGACCAUUGGUUUUAAUGAUAAUCGUGAUGUGUGUUCAGAUUAAGUGUUUCCAUGAGAUUAUCACUAUUGGCUACAAUGUCUACCACUCCUAUGACCUGCCCUGGUUCAGGACCCUCAGCUGGUACUUUCUACUGUGUGUAAAUUACUUCUUCUAUGGUGAAACAGUGACGGAUUACUUCUUCACUCUGGUCCAGAGAGAGGAGCCCUUGCGGAUUCUCAGUAAAUACCACCGGUUCAUUUCCUUUACUCUCUAUUUAACAGGGUUCUGCAUGUUCGUGCUGAGCCUGGUCAAGAAGCAUUACCGCCUGCAGUUCUACAUGUUUGGCUGGACCCAUGUGACAUUACUGAUCGUUGUAACCCAGUCCCAUCUUGUCAUCCACAACCUAUUUGAAGGAAUGAUCUGGUUCAUUGUCCCCAUUUCUUGCGUCAUCUGUAAUGACAUCAUGGCCUAUAUGUUUGGCUUCUUCUUUGGUCGGACCCCACUCAUCAAGCUGUCCCCGAAGAAGACUUGGGAAGGCUUCAUUGGGGGCUUCUUUGCUACUGUGGUCUUUGGCCUUCUGCUUUCCUACGUGAUGUCUGGGUACAGAUGCUUUGUCUGCCCCGUGGAGUACAACAAUGACACCAACAGCUUCACUGUGGACUGUGAGCCCUCGGACCUGUUUCGCCUGCAGGAGUAUGUCAUUCCUGGGGUGAUUCAGUCAAUCAUUGGCUGGAAAAUAGUCCGGAUGUACCCCUUCCAGAUUCACAGCAUUGCCCUCUCCACCUUUGCCUCCCUCAUCGGCCCUUUUGGAGGAUUCUUCGCAAGUGGAUUCAAACGAGCCUUUAAAAUCAAAGACUUUGCCAACACCAUUCCUGGCCAUGGGGGCAUCAUGGAUCGCUUUGACUGCCAGUAUCUAAUGGCCACCUUUGUCAAUGUGUACAUCGCCAGUUUUAUCAGGGGCCCGAAUCCGAGCAAGCUCAUUCAGCAGUUCCUGACCUUGCGGCCAGAUCAGCAGCUCCACAUCUUCAACACGCUUAAGUCCCACCUGACCGACAAGGGGAUGCUGACGGCUGCUGCCGAGGAUGAGUAGGGGCCACCCCGGGCCGGGAGAGCAGGACCGAGCGAGGGGCAGGGCUCCAAGGCAAGCCCAGCUGGUGUGACUAGACAAUGACAAGGCUUCAACUCACUGUCUUUUUUUUUUCCCUUUAUUUGUGGGUUUAAAAAAAAUCUGUAUAUACAGUCUAUGUGCUUAUGAUUUGGGUUGUGACUAAACUAUAGCUUUGAGUUGGAAAGAAGUCAUGGCAGUAAAACCGUUGGGUUUUUUAAACAGAAGUUUUUGACAGCCUAGAAGACAGUGUUGCCCAGCUCGGGAGCAUCUGCUUGGCGCUUCUAGCUGCCAUCAAGUGAACUGUUUCUGGGCUCGAGCAGAGAGUGGUCGUGCUUCUGUGUCCGUCCAGUUCAGGGGCCCCGCCUGUCUCUGUGACCGCCCCCAGCAGGGAAGAGGAGUAUGGCUUGGAUGUCUUUACUGCUGGAGAGCUUCCACCUGGGCUUCUCGGUCAUCCCUGCCUUGGAGCUGCAGGAGGGUUGCCUUCUCCCGGCUGGAAUGACAAGGCUUGUUAAUCAGAUAAGCAUCCUACCCACAUGGAAUCCUGUGGAGCACAAGCUCGGUUUUAUGAUGUGGUUCACCUUACUUCAUCACACACUGAGAGAAGGUUUCAGUUUUUAUUUUCUUCAGAAAGCACGAAAAGUUAUUUAUAAUAGUCUGGGGAAAAAAAGCCCACACUGUAUUAUUAGAAGUGUAUGCAGUAGCACGUACUGUGACCAAGCCCUUUCCCGCGGGUUUUAGGCUCAGGUGGCUCCUACAGGGCAGUCCAGCUCACCAUGUCUUUUCAGGGACAGUGCUGUUCACAUUUGUGCUGUACACUUGUUGCUGCUGAAUCCCUCCUGGGGGCUUUCCCAUUAGGCGGCGAGCAGAGGGCUUCUGGUUCCCGCACCCCUUGCCUGACCGACCACCCGUGUAGCUGCUGUGUUGUAUAUAUAUUACUGUUAAGGCAAGUGUGUCUCUGUGUGUGUUAAAAAUCACUUAUUUCUUAUUGUGAUUUCAAGUGUACCAUGACUUCUUCACUGAAACCACAAAGUCCUGCUUUAAACUCUGGAAAUCCUAACCCAGCUAGAGAUUUGACUAUUAUAAAGAUUAAAUGCAUACUUUUUAUAUAAUGUGACCAGUUUCAAUGUAGUUUGUAUUUUACUAGGGGACCUUUUUUCUUUUAAACUGUGAUUUAUGUUUUUCCCUUCCUAAUUACAGGAGUGAGGUUGACUGUGGGAAGACAAGUUCUUUGUCGGGACAAGUCAGGGAGGACGGGAGAGAGAACUUGGUGCCCAAAUCUGUUAAAUUAUUCUGUGCCAUGGUUGUUCUUGUUGCCAAAUGAGGGGGUAAUGGUUUGCUUCAGCAUCUCGGUGUGGUGCUGGUUUGCUUUGUGUCUGUUUAAAUCAGCCUUCCCGCCACCCUGAAAGCCCGCGGUCAGCACAGACCACUGAGCGUCCAGCGCAAGGCAGACCCCUCUCGACGUUUCAGCUGACAGUGACUGCGGGACCUCCACGUGCAGGCAGCACUGAGGCACCUUCUGAGCCUUUCCUUCCAUUUUAGCACAUGCCUUUUCUUUUUCAGGCCCAAGGCCCCUUUAAAAACAAAACCUGUUUUUGCACGGGGGUUUUAGUCAUGGCUGUGUGACCCUGGGCAGGACGCAUCACUCUCUGGGUCCUCACGUUCUAAGCCAUCUUCAAAUUCCGGGAUUCUGUGAUUCUGGCUGAGCAAGUUCAUGUCAGCAGAGGCUGCUGUGGGUGUUGAGUUGUGUCCUGGGCACCCAAAAAGCAGGCGCUUUCAGGCCUUUUCUAUAUGCUUGUCCUUAAGGUGAGUGAGAAUCUCAGCCACAGUGAAGGUGAAUAUGAGCGCAUUUAGUUUUCUUGUUAAAGAAUGAUUGGUUCCCCAAACCAGAGACAGAAGGGUGCCUCAUUUCUCUGGUGCCCCAUUCUGGGCAUAUGGUGGGGUCCUUGGUUGCUAGGGCCCAGCAGCAGAGAGCCACUCUUGAAUAGGGCUGCCUUUGGGAUCAGGGAACCUGGCGCAUCCCUUUGUGGAAGUGGUCACUGAUGGGGGUCCUGGGAAACUGCAGCUGGGUGCGCAUCAGAGCUGCUAGCAAGAAGCCCAGAGGGUCAGCUUGAGUUUAUUUUCUUCUGAUUUCCCCACAUGCUUUCUGGUGAAAUAAGGAAUUUCCUCGUUGAGUAGCCCGGAGGGCACACCACCUGUUGUCUCUAUAGCACAAUGGUUUUCUUUCUCCCAUUUACUGAAGAUAUUUCACCAUACAGAUAAGAUUCAAGUGACUGUGUGAACAUACGCCUGUGCAGAUCUCAAUGAACAGCAUAACUGGCUUCAGAUCCAUUUUUUUUGUGUGAGCAAUAAAAUGUGACUGAAACUGAAA